AGUUUACAGCCUGCCAUCAAUCGAAUUGAAUGAAAGUCGACCAUCUUCGCCUCAAGUGUUGUCUUCCCUCUUUGGGUAGCAUUCAUUAAAAGCGUCUAACAUGCCCGGGCCACCAGCGCCAUAAUGAGACUCUGCAGAAUUGCUUGUGUGAGGAGAACAUAUCUAUCGAUCCUCGGCAACUCCUCUCACAUCUGUGAUCCAAGGCCUCCUCCCCCCGCCUUGCGCUCGCAGCCAUGUAGGACCUCAGCUACGGCCGUACAGCGGCUAUAUGACCCCCGGCAAGCGCGCAACGAUGGGGUGGAUAUGGAGCCGGCGCCCGGAGGGCCAACGUCCCUCGAAUGGAUAGUGCAGAAGCACAUGCAGUAUCUCGGCGACGAUCCUUUCAAGAUAGCGAGACAUGUCCAGGCCGCCAUCGCAAGAGGCCGCUUCGAAGAGGCUUUGCUGCUCACCCGCAAAGCAAGCAAAGUUAGCCAACUCACCGUCAGCUGGAAUCAUCUAAUCGAGCACCUCCUGACCACGCAGCGUCUUCACGCGGCGCUCAAACUAUACAACGAGAUGAAGAAGCGAGCCCAGCUUCCGAAUGCGCAGACCUACACCAUAAUAUUCAGUGGAUGUGCCAUUUCUGAGCAUCCCAAGCUCGCCGUGGCUGAGGCGCUGAGGAUAUACAGCACCAUGCUGAACAGCGACAGACUUAAGCCAAAUGUGGCGCAUCUAAAUGCUGUGCUCAAGGUGUGCUCCCGGGCCGGCGACCUCGAGUCCCUCUUCACGCUGCUUCAAGGAGCCACGGGCACGCGCAGCCCCAACGCCCUGACAUAUACGACGAUCCUCAACGCGCUGCGCGUCAAGGAGCUGCCACUGAAACCCUCGGCCGAGAUGGCCGACUUUGACGCCGCCGAUCGUCUCGAAACCCACCACGCCAAGGUCGACGUCUCGAUCCAACGAGGCAAGCGUGUCUGGGACGAGAUUAUGGACCAAUGGCGCCACGGAAAAGUCGUGGUUGAUGAGGCGCUGGUGUGUGCGAUGGGCCGGCUGCUCCUUUCUGGAGAUAAGUCAACCCAGGAAGAGGUCCUCUCGCUCGUCGAGCAGACUAUGGGCAUUCCUCGCCUCGAAUCCAGAUCGAACUCUGCCAAGGCGCGAAGGGGGCGGCGCGACGGCAUCUAUCCACCGGCAGAGCCAAAGCCGGAGCCACCGUCUGCAGAGGGUUAUGCGAAGCCGGGAAACAACUCUCUCUCCAUGAUCAUGCAUUGCCUGGGCGCGACCAGGAAAACAGCGCUGGCUCCCCGCUACUGGGACAUGCUUGUGGACCGGCUUGAGGUAAAGCCUGAUAGCGACAACUGGUUCCGGCUUUUGAUGACACUUCACAACGGCAAGGCCAGCACCAAGGCGAGCAAGUACUUGACACAAAUUCCGGCGCAUGCGAUGUGGGUAUCGACCCCGAGGCUCGUGAUGCGAACGUGCGUUGCGGAUAGCCUCAACGUGCAUGCGUUCGAGAAUGCCGAGAGGGUUUUGGACGUUGCAAUCCAAACGUGGCAUGGCAAGCCGGACAUGGCGACGAUGAACGCUUACCUGGAGGUGGCAACGGCAACCCACCAUCGGUUCAGACGUGUCAAAGGGGAGGAGGUCACCAAGGAGGCCGCGGCGGUACUGGGCAACCAGCUCGUCCGGGCGCUGGACAGGUUGUGGGAGCCCAUGAGACUGGCGACGGGGGGCUUUGCGCCGUUGAAGGCCGACACCGACGGUGCUUCUGCUGUGGAGCCCUUGUCGAAAGAGGUGCUUGCGGUUGCUUCGGUGGCUCGCCGGAUGACGGCGGUGGCCAACAAGGUUCUGCGAGACAAGAUGACGACACCAGCCGCGUGCCUAAUCCUCCGGGAGCGGAACGAGGAGGUGAGCAGGUAUAUCACCUCCAUUUUCGACCAGGGAGGACAGCAACAACAGCCAAAAUGGACUCAGCCUGGGAGAGGGGCGCGAGAAUGGCUGAGAUUACGCAGAUAGCCGAUGUGCUCUGCAUUCAUGCCCAUUUGCGUUACGAGGCGAUGUAAGAUAUUUAUAAGUGUUGUCGGUAGAUAUCUGGUAGAUACCUCCUGGUCUAAUCUACCUUCGC